UUAUCAUUUUCAUUUUACCAUGAAAAUCAAGUAGUCGCCAAAUUUCAGUAUAUUUGUUAAAUAUCGUAUAUUCAAAGCUUCGAUGUAACCGUUAGCAGCUCGUCAACACAGUUCGACAGCAUUGUCCUUACGUUAUCCGCCCCGCGUCCCGCAGGAUUGUUUUUCAUAAUUCGACCUGAGAAUUGACAACUUCAAACGCUCGCUUCGCAAUCACGCGAUGAGUGUGAGAGUCAAGUCGUCAUCAAAACAUUCAUUGUUCAGAAAAAUCUUUUAUCGAACUAUUCCCAGUCCCGCGGGCUAGUUUAUCCUUCUUCGCAAUCGGAUUGGUUCAACACAAAAAUUAAAUCGAUACGAAACAUAAUGACGAUAUUUGUAAUCAGCGUAUAAAAGACGUAAGAUUACUGAGUUUCAAAAAAAAAAAAAUAGGGGGUGAUUGCUUUUCGGAACUUUAUCCACAAAUGCGGAUUAUUUUUCAUUAAUUGAUGAAACUUUUGUUUUCACAGAAAAAUGGACGAUUCAACGAUCGAUCAAAAUGCAAUAAUGAAUGCGCUGAAUAUGCUGCAGCACAUUCAGCAGAGGCAGGACGCCCAACAACAGGAACAACAGUCGUUGCAACAAAACCUGCAGCAAGCUUUGCUGCAACAGCAGCAGCAGCCGCUGCAACAGGAGCAGCAGGAGGUGAAACCGCAGCGCAAAAGAGGAACAGCUGCCGGUACACGUCACCGCCCCUUCCGCGGAAAAUGGCCGUGUGGCGGGAGGGGAGGCGGUAGGGGCGGUUCGCAUAAUAAAUACUAUGUGUUCUUCAAAUAGCUAUUUUUUGUUUUUGUUUGUAUAAAUAAAAAUAAUUUUAAAAAAA